AUGCACAUUUUCUUGUGCAACACUGAGAAAGAUAAAAGGACUGGGAGUUCCUGCUACAACUAUACCUAUAACAAUGAAAUUCCUAAUGGAUGCCAGUUUAAAUUUGACAAAUUGUUUUCUAAAUUAAGCAAGCUGGUAAUAGUGGUGUCAGACUGGUCAAAGAAGGUCAAGCCAUACUUCUACGACGUGAGUGCCAAUAACAUAGCAAAAUUAAAAGCUCCAGUCAUAAAAAAUGCCUACCGCACUUCAAAUGACAAUAUAAACGUCAGCUGGAAUGACAUGGGAGUGUAUAAAGAAUUGUUACAUGAAGUCCUAGUACAAAAGUCAAACAGUGAUAUUCAAGACAGCUACAAGGAUAUUAUAGGUGUAAGCAAAGAAAUUCCCAACGCUCAUUCUGAUGUCACCUAUACUGUGAAAGUACGGGUGAGGUUACCACGAUAUGCCACAGAAUCAAAUGACAUGAAUUUCCUUUGGAGUGACUGGAGUGAAGAGUGGACAUUGCAAGGAACAAACAGUGGGAUAAUUCCAUAUAUCCUGUUACUUCUGUUAAUACCAGCAAUACUAAUUGUUGCAGCAGUCCUCCUGCUCAUUUACAUGAAAAGGUUAAAGAUACUAAUAUUUCCUCGAAUUCCUGACCCUGGAAAAGUGUUAUCCAAUGACUUGCAGCAAUGGCUAAAGAAUGGCAGGACUGUAUACAAUGAGCCCAGGAAGGAGGAGAUAUGUCCUAUUUCUAUGUUGGAAACCCCUCUAACGUCUCCUCCCGUGGAAUAGCUCUACGUUCUUUAAACCAAAUGGAAAAUGUGAAGACGAUUUCUAUUCUGGACCUUAGGUUUACAUCUCGUGACAGCUGAAAGUUAAACACAAGCUUUGUUGUGACCGAUCACCGCCAUAGUUUUUUAACUCUGGACUCAGGUGAUGAAGAAAAGCACUCCGCUUCGUGUAUAUAUCCACCAAGGAGAGCUAAUGGUUUUGACCGUUCAUCAACAAGCUGAGGAUCUUUCUA